AUGUCCGCCGGCCCAGUUCCACCACCGAAGCCGGCAAAACCAGGACAAAAUGGAAACGACGGUUAGAAUUUCAAUUGAAAAAUUCAUUUAGAAGAAUUCGAUUAUUCGAACGUUUCAAUCAGAAUAGGGGUGCAAAAAAGGGCAAAUAAAGAGAAAAUUCGAGCGCGUGAAUGUUUUGUCGUCUUUCUGAGGCGGAUCAAUACAUGUAGCGGUGGUUCAGCCUUUUUCCCGUUUCUUUCUUUUUUUUUUAGUUGUUUUUUUUAUUUCUGUUCUUCGCAAUCAUUGAAAAUGUCAUCUUCUAGAAAAGGUCAGUUGAAGUUUUUAUUAAAAAAAUUUCGUUGAAAGUUUUUUUGAACAUGAAUAAUUUUUUUGUGUAAACAAGUUUUAUCAGUGAAUUUGGCACCCUUUUUUUCAAAUUUCAGAGAAAAAAAGUUCAAUUGAAAAAGAAAUUUGCCAAAGUUUGAAAAAUGAUUAUAGAUCUAAAAAAAUUCUCAACAAAAAAAUUUGAGAAUAGUUUUGGUGUUUAAAAAAAGCGCCGUAAUCAGUAGCGUCGUUGUAAUUAAUAUGCGAAUCCUCGUCGAAAUGAAAAAAAUUCAUGUUACCUUUUUGAAGAAAAUCAUUCACUCAAAAAAAUUUUUAAUCUUUUUCUGCUCACAAUUUGUAAUAACAUCUUACUUUACAUGCUACGGAAAUAAAAAAACGCAAAAAAAUUAUUUAAAAAUAACGUUUUUGAAUGUGAGAAACCCUAGGAAAAAACCAGUAAAAAAAUUAUGUUUUUUUGGUCAUGGAAAAAACUAUUUUUUUCUCUUUUUUUCAUAUUUUGAUUGACUUUCUUCUCUGACUUUUGUUGAGCAAUCUUUAAAAAAACAUCUGUUAGGAGUUUAUCAGUCAAUUGAAAUCAGAAAAAAACUUCAAUCUUGAUUUAAAAAAAGAACAUUGAGAGCCAGAAAAAAAAGCAAAAAAACUUAUGUUUAGAGAACAAAGGAUUUUCUGUAUCCGCAGCCAAGGCCCUUUUCGAAGCGGCCAAGAAGCCGGAAGUACGACAAGCGGUCGUCGCGGCCGCCAAGAAUCCCUAUGUCCGAGCUACGGCCAAAAAUGUCGCCGAGAACAAAGAAGCGAGGAACGCCGUGCUGACGGCCGUGAGCAAUCCUUCGGCGGAGAACAAAUUCUCAGCGGCUUCGGCGGUCUACGACGCUAACCGACCGCCGCCGCCGCCACAUCGGAAUGGCUCGGCAUCGGUCAGCGCGGCCUCUUCUUCUUCUGGAAAAGUCGCCAGUUCUCAUCAGUCCAUCAUUUCCAAGUUGGAAAACUUGAACUUUGGCGCUCCCCCAGCUCCGAACCCUUCCACUACGGCCGCUCCAUCGACUUCUCUUUACGUUCAUACUUCCAGUGGGUCUAUUUCGAAAUUGUUUCUUCUUCUGAUGUUGUGAAAGAUUCAGCGUAUAAACUGAAGAUUCUUAGGCUCACAAUCCCAACAGCCCCGACUUCCGCCACCAUCUCAUUCCUCUUCUUCUUCUACAAGUUCUUGGACUCCAGCACCUCCCUAUAACAGCGGUAAGUCCACGUUUCCUCUAAAUUUUCCAACUGAACCCAGUUACGAGAUCAACGCCAGCCGUUUCGGCCCACGAUCCACACGCGACGGUGAAAUACGCGUUCGUUGGAGCGCACAUCGACGAGUUGACGUGUAAUCCCGGGGAAGUCGUCCUUCUGAAGCGGCACGUCGACGAUCAGUGGAUAUACGGUGAGAAGGGGCCUAGUCUCUAUUGAGAAGAUUUCAAAAAAAAGCUUGAUUUUGACACAAAAUGGAUCAUUUUUAUUACAUUCUCAGGGAGUAGAAUUUCUAGAUUUUUAUUCGAUUCUGUAAUUCGAUAUUUUAUAUUGUAACGUCGUGUACUUAAGAGCUCCAGAGUGGUCCCUAUAGGGGCAACCUGAGGAACCUUGAAGGUUUCCCUUUAGGGACCGCUUUAUCUUUCCGCACAGUUCCACUAAACUUGCGGAAGUGGUAGUUAUAAUGGUUUUAGUUAGGGGCACCAGCCUCCAUAAGGACCACUCUGGCAAUCCUAUUCACUUUCAAAAAAAAAACUUGUUUUUGCAAAAAAGAAAAUACCUUUCCAGGCAUGAACACGACAACUGGAAAGCACGGGAUCGUCCCUCAGUCCUACCUUCAAGUCGAAGUUCCUCUUCCCGCCGAAUCGGUCCCAAAGUCGACGUCUUCUUCCUUCGCGUCUCCUUCCAGUGGCACUUAUUCUACGGCCUUGUACGACUACGAUUCCGCGACUCCAGGAGAUUUGAGGGUGCUUUUCAAAUGUAAAUUGAUCUCUUUCAUCGGUUUUUUGUUCCAGUUCCGAGUGAACGAUCGGAUUUUGGUGACGUCCAGAGUCAACGCCGACUGGUUGGAAGGAGAGCUCUACGGUCAGAAAGGAAUCUUCCCCGCCAACUUCGUCAGUCUUGACGGCUCCGCUCCAGCCCCAGUUUCUGCUCCAGCUCCAGCUAAUUCGGCUCCAACUCGAACCAAAAGAGAAAAUGUCACCGCCGCCUACGACUAUUAUUCUGGGGUCGCCAGUGACUUGCAAUUCAAUCAAGGUUUCUAAAUUCUUUGGAAACAAGAAAAAUAAUAUUUUUAGGAGACGUAAUAGAGGUGGUCGAAAAAGUGGAUUGUGACUGGAUUAUGGGCGAAUUGAAUGGACGACGAGGACUUGUCCCUGUGACGUUCCUUCUUUCUCCAAAUAGUCAGUAUCAUCAGAUUUUCUCAAAUAUUUGAAAACGGAUGAUAAUUUUUGACUUUUCUAGAGGCGCCAGAGGGGUUCCUUUAGACUUUAGAAAAAAAACAGCCCCUAUAGAGGUCAAAAUCGUCCCCUAGAGGGGUAAAGUUUAGAUGGUCCUCAGAGAGCUUUAGCGCCUGACCAUUGAGUCCCUGAAGUUCAAGUGUUUCUGUUUUUCGUUCAAAUAAUGCUCACUUAUCGAGUUUUUCGCAUGGAAAUGCUUCUCCUCAUAGAGUUCAUAACAAAAAUCGCCUGGAAUUUCCACUAUAGUAGCCUCUAAACAAAACUUCCUAUAGGGACCACUCUGAAGUUUUUAAGUAAGAUUUUACAUAGUUCAGAAAUUUGGCCUUUUUUUGUGAAGUCAUAUCCUAACUACCGCUCCUCAAUGGUUGAUUGCAGGUUCUCCAAAGAAAAGCCCUGGAUUGGCGAACCUUUCGACGGCGCUGAAACCGAAAAUGGCGGUAGCUAUCGCCGACUACCAUUCUGAUGACCCGAAGCAUCUGUACGUCACCCGCGGCGACAAUAUCAUCAUCUCCGAAACCGUGAGCUUCCUUUCUUGUUUUCGAUAAAACAUUUUCCCUUUCCAGGUAGACGAAUAUUACUACAAAGGAAAGCUUGAAGCGUUCAAAACCCUGCCUGCCGGUAUUUUUCCGAAAAACGUCGUGAAUGUCAUUGAAAAUUAG